CCGUGGUAACGCGAGGAGAGGCGGCCGGGCGGCGGCCAUGGGCAGCUGGGCCGCGGCGCCAUGGCGGCUCGCUGGCUGCAGCGGCCUCCGCCGCGCCUCGCGACGGGCGUACAGCUCCCUGGCCGGCGGUGGGGAGCGGGCGGCGAGGCUGAGCGACCUGCUGAGGAGCUCGGAGCGGGACGGGGCGCCGGGAGAGGAGGCGGCAGCGGCGAGGCUGGAGCGGCACCCCCCCCGGGAGGGCACGGUGCUUCUCUUUCCCGGGCAGGGCAGCCAUUUCGUGGGGAUGGGCCGCGGGCUGCUGCGGUACCGUGGCGUGCGGGAUAUGUACCGCCUCGCCGAGAAGGUGCUGGGCUACGACCUGCUCUCGCUCUGCCUGGAGGGGCCGCGGGCAGAGCUGGACCGCACCCAGCACUGCCAGCCCGCCGUGUUCGUCGCCUCCCUGGCCGCCGUGGAGAAGCUCAACCACCGGCAGCCUGACGUGCUGGAGAGCUGCGUGGCCGCCGCCGGGUACAGCGUCGGGGAGUUCGCCGCGCUUGUCUUCGCCGGAGCCAUGGACUUCGCGGAAGCGCUGUACGCAGUGAAGGUGCGUGCUGAAGCUAUGCAGAAGGCGUCAGAGGCUGUCCCCAGUGGGAUGCUGUCAGUGAUCGGCUGGCCGGAGGCAAAUUACAAGUUUGCCUGCUUGGAAGCUCGCAGGCACUGUGAAUCACUGGGUAUAGAAAACCCCAUAUGUGAAAUUUCAAACUAUUUGUUUCCAGACGGCAGAGUCAUUGCGGGACACUUGCAGGCUUUGAAGUUUUUGCAGGAGAAUGCCCGAAAAUAUUAUUUUACACGUACGAAAAUGCUUCCAGUCAGCGGUGCUUUUCACACACAACUUAUGGAACCAGCAGUAGAGCCACUGGCUGAAGUCCUAAAAUGCAUUGAGAUUCAUAAACCCCUGAUCUGUGUCUACUCCAAUGUUGAUAGCAAAAAGUAUAUGCACUCAAAACACAUCCGGAAGCUGCUAGUAAAGCAGAUUGUUUCACCUGUGUUGUGGGAACAGACCAUGCAUUCUGUUUAUGAAAGAAAGCAAGGAACAGAAUUUCCUUACACGUACGAAGUGGGGCCUGGGAAGCAGCUAGGAGCAGUUCUCAAAAAGUGUAACCUAAAGGCCUGGAGGCAAUAUAGCCACGUAGAUGUUUCAAAAGAUGAGGAAGUAACGGAGACAUAAACAGAUUUUUGAGAAAAAUCCAUGCAACUUGUUUCUGUGUUACUUAAAAAUAGCUUCACGCUCCUAAAAGAGGAAGUCUUAAGCAUUGGUUGCUUCUCACUAUGAGAAGAGCACCAUGCGUGCCACUGCAGUGAACAUUGUCCUUCCCUGUGUGCUUCGGGUAUGGAACAAGAGAGCAGCUUGCAAAGUUGCUCUUCCACCUGUGAUGGGACUGCAAAAUGCCAAUAAACAUGCCAAAUAGUGUUCUGUUUGGCCUUAAUCCUGCAAGCAACUUCCCCUUUUUUUUUCCUUUUUUUAAUAUUUGUGUGUGCGUGCAUUCAAGUUGCAGUCAGUAGCUGUCACUGCCCAUUCUAGGGGUCCUGCACCUGGGUUCUGGGCAGAGCUGGGUUGAUUGAUGCCGGGUUGCCAAGGGUUUGUAUUUGGGAUGCUAUGGGGUGCAUGAUAGUUGGCCUGCAGGUCCACAUGUAGAAGGAAGUAAUUUUCCUUCCAGUUGUUCAAUGCCACAUCGGUUGUGCUAAAAUACCUCAGACAGAAUAAAUGUUUCCCCAGAUUAAUAAACUUACCAAAAUUCCCAGCCUCCCAAGAAGUGCAGGAGUUCUGGAACCCUGACCAACCCUGCGAUUCCAUAGGCUUGAGCUUUGAAUGGCUUCUCUUAAAGCAGAAACCUGGGGUGCUGGAAAUGUCCUGCUGAGAUCCUUGGGAGAGCAACUUUAUUGAAGACGAGCCCUGCAGCAGCACCCAGUCAGGGGAAUUUGGAUGCUGGUGUCACUUCUCCCUGUACCCCCCACUGCAUUCUGGCAGCUCCGGCAUCUCCCAGAAGCAGGAGAUGCGGUGAAGAGCAGAGAGUCCUGGAAGAAGCUUCCUGGCUGGUGAAGCACAGAAAGUUGCUGAUAUACAGAAAGUUUAUUCAUGCUCAGUUUGCUCUUUGUCUCUAAAGGGUGCUUCAGGGUUUAGGAAUAAAAUCACAAAACAGUGUUAGGGGAUUGGGUACAGACGAGCAAGGAGAGGCUAGAUUGUGCAUGCAUGGCUGAGCAGAAGCCUCAGCUGAAUUUUGCCCUUCAUGCUUUUGGUAUUUUACUAGCUUUUAGCACAUAUACUAAAAAAGUAAAGUAUACAUUACUUAAAUCAUAUAUGACUACUACAGGCUACCAGUUAAAUGUUGGGCUGACU